AGCUUGAAAACAUCACGGGCUUACUGUUUCUAUAUAAAAAAUGAAUGGAAAGUACCUUCACUUUUCGAUGUGGGAACCGGACUUUUUCUGUAUUUGGAUUUACGGCUAAUAGAAAACAAAAUCGAAGGGAGUUAUUUGGUUACCUUUUUUUUUCCCCCUGUAUAGUGAGAGCCAGAUCUUGCUGCUCCCCCCACCUCUUCCUGCAAUUUAAUCAUUUGCAGAUCUUGCCAUGGGGUGCGGACUGAGAAAGCUGGAAGACCCAGAUGAUAGCAGCCCUGGAAAAAUCUUUUCUACACUGAAGAGACCACAAGUUGAAACAAAGACAGAUUCUGCUUAUGAAUAUGUAUUGCUGGAUUUUACUUUAGAAGCUUCCUCAAAUCCGGAAGUUAUCAAGAUCAGUUCUGUGUUGGAUAUAGCAUCUAAGGUGGAAGAAUAUUACAGCAAAGGAUAUGUUGUAGGAGCUGUUCAUCCUAUUAUACUGCCAAUUGGACGUAGAAGGAAUUUCCCUGCAAGUCACAUGUAUCGAGUGGUACUUUCACGAUUGAAAUUAAGCCAGAAGCAUGCAACACCCAGAGGACAAAGGCACCCCAGGCUGGUGAUUGAGGAAUGUCCUUUAAUGUAUGAAACACUGACAAAUGAGGUAGUGAAAGAACUGUUAGAAAAGGUUAAUGAAGCUGCUAAAAGAGGAAAGAAAUUUGUGGGAUUUGUAACGCAACAUUUUCCUCAAACUAAAGCCUGUAAUGGAACAAGCACAGAUGGAAGUGCAGAGCUGGAAUCAACACUGGGAAGAAGAAAUAGGGAACACAGAGGAAGAAAUUCUGAUGAAAACUUUAAAAACUGGAAUGAAGGGACACUGAGUGGCCACUCAUCUGAGAGUGGGAUAGAGGAGGAAAUGCAAGGAGAAAGCGGUCUGUUACAGGAUGCAGAUUUCCAGUUUGGAAAAGAAGUCAGCCCUGUUAAACCACGAAAAGGAGACGACAAGCUAUAUACAGUCUUCAAUGUUUUUGAUGAUGAUUCUACCUGCUGGACCUAUCAUGAAGGCGUUUUGUCUAUGAAAGUAACAAGAAAGGGGCCAGUUAUUAGUACACUGGAAGCAGACUGGCUAGAAUUAACCACAUUUUAUUAUAAACAAGGAUUGUCCUUAAUUGAUUCUUUUGUACACUGGGAAACUUCUAAAGGGGACCAUUUGCCCAAAUCUUUAGAAGGAUUAUUUAUCUACGAAGAAGAAGGUGCUGGGGUUCCAGGUUCUAACAGGAAAGGAAAUGAUGCAAUAGUUGUUGAACAAUGGACAGUCAUUGAGGGGUGUGAAAUUAAAACAGAUUAUGGACCUUUAUUGCACACGCUGGCUGAGUUUGGAUGGCUCCUGACCUGCGUCCUGCCUACACCCAUCGUACGACAUGACAGUGAAGGAAAUCUGGCCACAAAGCAAGUUGUUUUUCUUCAGAGACCUGUUAUGUGGAAUUUUGCUGUCCAGACACCAGAGAAAUCCUUAAGACAAGUUAUUGGGGAGGAAAAAGGCAAAGUCUCUAGCAGAAGUGUUGGAUUAGACACAGCUACUUCUCGCCCUGUAGAAACCGGACAACCAUCUGAUGAGUUUCACCUCUCUCCUUCUAAACAAUGUUGGGUCAAGGAGGGAUCCUCCCAGUAUGGAGGCUUUCCAGGGUUCAGCAGCAGUGAUGGAGUAUUAAGGGAACUGGAUGAUGGACAAUUUGACCAGGAAGAUGGAGUCACUCAGGUCACAUGUAUGUGAUAAAGUAAGUAACUGCAUCAGAUGGACAUGUACAUAAUUCACACAAAUGUUUAAAAAAAAAAAAAAAAUCAUACUACUUUUAAAUGCAUUGGUAUAAUCCUAUGACUUUUCCCAGACUCAUUUUGUAUUUUUGUCUGUUUCUUUGUUGUGUUAAUCCUACUGUAGUAAUAAUACUACUGCAAAAUAAUUUGGUUUUCUGUCUCUCUUUAAUAGAAUAACUACAUGACUGGGUGCUCUGCUAACUUGUUAAUGCUUUUGACAAGCAAGGAAGCAAAUGCUGCAAAACAGUGACUGUUUGAAUUGUGUAAGAGGGAAAGGAAUGAGGAUGUUUAGUGUUUUCCACAAGCUGGAGGAGUGGUUUUUUGUUUUUUAAAGGGUGUUGUAAAUACUGGGGGGGGAAAAAAAGAAAAAUGAACUAUCUGGCUGUUAAGCUUUAAUGUAAUUUUCACUUUACUUGCCUUGCAUAAAUUCAAAAGCCUAGAGAAAUGCAAGUCUUACACUAGAGUGUUAAUAAUUUAACCUACGUUCAGACUCAGUAUGUACAGAAAACCUCUGGAGGCUGUAGGCAGACACUUGCUCCUGUAAUAUAACUUCACCUAUGCAGGUUUUACCAGGGUUCCUUGUACAUCUGAGCCAAGAGCUAUCCGAGCAUAUAGCUUGUAUAAUGAUGUAUUCACAAUUUACUCAUGAGUGGAAAUUAAGAACCACUCACAGUCUAAAAGGUAACUUGCAGUCUAUGAAAAAGUAGUUUGCGAAACUCGCCAAGAAGCAUUGACAGCAAGGUGCACAAUGAUGCUGGUAAUAUAUAGGAGGAAGAAGUAGGCUAAACUUAACAGGCAAUAUUGGAUGAUAGACUAUAUACAAAUACACUGAUGUAUAUAUAAAGAAUUUCUCAGCUAAAUGUAUCUCACACUGGGUAAAGUGUAUGCAACUGCAUCAAAUACCAGAAGGAAUGUUCAGAGGAAAGGAGGAAGCUGCUGUGCUUCCAUCCUCACCGUGGGGAGGAGCUGCUUGCCUUGAGGGAGCUGAACACCGGCAGGGCUCUGUGGGGAGAGGCGUGAACAGGAAUUAUUUUUAUGCUGCUGUCUUGAAAUUACACUUUACAGAGAGGAAGCUGAAUAAAAGUGCAUCUCCAAGAGAUACUGUGAUUACAACUAAAAAUUGCUUUUUUCAGUUAGUUUUAGAAGCAAAAACUGUAAACGCUCAUCACGCUUAAGCUAAUGGAAAAUAAUUUGGUCAAAAUGAGAAAUCAGAACAGAACUGAGCAAAUGUAUUCACAACACUUGUCUCGAUGUUUGCAGUACAGCGCACACAUCACCCAGGGAUUUUGAUACCUGUCUGUGUGUGGUGUACUGCAAACACUGAGAGAAGUGUUGUGAAUACAUUUAACUACACCACCCCGCUCCCCUGGGGUGGUAUCCCACCAGCUGCUGUGGGAGUCUCCCUGUCCACAGUGGUAGAUGCUGGCACUAAACGCAGUGGGCAAAUUAAUGCAGUGACAGGAACACCAAUAAUUGACUCCAAACGAGCACCCCGGGAGAUGACCAGGACGGUGGAAGUCAGACUGCGAUCUCCGUGGCGGGGAGCUGUGCAGAAAGAACACUGGCAGAAGAUGCUUAUUUCAAUAAGCAAAAAGUAACUCAUGGAAGAAAAAAGUUACGCUUGCUAUCAUAAGCGAAAGUAGUACAAAGCCUUAGUGCUAUUUCAGUUUAUUUUUACAAGGGGGGGGGGGAACCCUUUCUACUUGCAUGAUUGUCAUUGUGAGAGCGUGAAAUGAUUAUUGCUUUGGAGGUGCUUCCCAAUUUCAUUGUGAAAUUGUUGCAGGCAGGCUUGUUGUUUAUUUUUCACUUUGGAAGAACAACUCUAACAACUGUUUUAGCAGGUUUGGGG